AUGGCCUACACCAACCCAGCAACCAAAUCUGCUCCAGCUCCCAUCAACCCAAUCACUGGUGUUCUCCUGGCCAUCAAUUGCGUUCUACUCUUUACCGGCUUUAUUUGGCAUUCCCUAGUCGGCUUCUGCAACUACCUUGAGUUCAUCCUGAUUCCCCACUCCUUCUCCACCGAAAUGGAAGAGCCGUUGUUGCGGAAGAUCAGCAAACUCUUGGCAGUGCACGACCAUCUCAAAGACGGCUCCACCUACUCGGGCCGGCUCUCUCAACUUGUCCAGAAGGCCGAAUACGAACCGCGCCGCAAGCUGGCCACCUUCCGCUCCACUCGCCGCAACAUCUACGAACUCCGUGGACUUUUGGAGCUGGUUUUGCCCAUGUUCAACGAGUACCCGUGGAGUCAAAUGGUCCCAAAUGCAGGCCUCAACAUGUCCGUUCUUUGCGGACUGGUCCGCAAACUUUUGAUCGAAGACGAAGGGCUUUCCUAUCAACCGAAAACGGUUACAGUCGCCGUGAACGACGACUACAACCGAUGGUGUGCGGUUCUGGAGGUGGAGCACUUGACGUUCGGGUUGAGCGACAUGGUCGAGGAGAUUUUGUUCAACUACCGUUUCCAUCAAGGGCGAACCGGGAAAAUGACCAAAUUCGGUCGAUUGCCCACCGAAAUCCAAUGCAUGAUUGUGUAAGUUAACGAUUUUUGAAAGGAAUUUUUCACAUUUUUUUCAAUAUAACCAGUCCAGUGACGGAUAUGAUCCAAGUUGUAAACAAGUCUUGUGAGAGCCUGACGGACCAGACUCAGUGGCAAAAAACGUACCAUUUUGCAUCCGCGAAGCAUCAAAAAUGUGGCAAAAUACUUCCCUCUCCAAGUGAAAAAACUGAGAUUUGAAAAAGGGCCCUCAGAAAAAGAGAGGCCGUGCCUUUGAAAUCGGAGUUUUUUCACUUGGAGAGGGAGAUAUUUUGCCACAUUUUUUGAUACUUCCCGGAUGCAAAAUAGCAUGUUUUUUGCAACUGAAUCAGGUCCGCCACUCCAAUUCAAAAAAUUUUCCGGCUUUCAGAGUUGUUUACAACUUUUUCCCCUAUUUUUUAAAAUUAACCAUUUUUCUUUCAGCGCCAAAGUCCCUGUUCCAUUCAGUCAGCAUUUCGUCCGUGACGACAAAAAGGACCUGCGACGGGUCUGGUACGGAGUUGAAGGGAAACGCAGCGAUAAACAAGCGUUUCUGGCGAGCUUCGGCAAAAUCAACAGAUUCACCGAAAAAAUCGCUUAUAACGUCUUGAAAACGUGCUGAAUUCGGUGCGAAACGGUUGUAUAUUUGUUGUAAAAUACAUAUUUUUGAGCAUACGGGUAUAAACUAUUCGAAAUUUUGGUUUUGUGCUCAAUGAUAAUAUAAGAGUGAAGACAGAAGAUUUCGGAGGAAAAUUUUGAAAAUUUUUCGAAUUCACUUUUUUUUCGAUUUUGGAGUAAAAAUUUUUUUUACUCCCAAAAAUGCCAAAAAAAAAGUAAACACGAAGUUUACUCCAAACUUUGGAAAAAAUUUUGAUUUUCGGGAGUAAACUGGGAGUUUACUCGCCGGGGCCGAGAAACCGAAUGGCGGCGAGUAAAUCUGGAUUUUGCUCGCUUCCAAUUAUUUCCUCAGCUAUCACAGAGGCACAGAUGACCCAGGACGUAAGGCGGGCGCGUUAGUAAAUAUCAGUCUGGCCGAAAAAGAACCGGCCUCCCCGGACCCUUCCGUCGCACUCACCCCAAACCCCAAUUUGCAUCGCCGAGAAAUUUGGAGGGCAUCGCCGAAAGAAAGAGCAAAAACAACGCAUCGCCAGCGAUAAAAGUGGGUUUUGCACAGUGCAAAUGCCCUUUUUCUGCUGUUUCGCACUGUGCAAUCAACAAAAUUCCCACAAAUUCAGCGAUCUUUCGAUGUCGCGCGCCUUUUGCGAUGCAUCGCAAAAACAUUCAAUUUCGAGGUUGCGAUUUCGAGGCGCGAGGGGGGCCGGUUCUUUUUCGGCCAGACUGAUAAUUCGCGCCAAACUUACGAAAAAUUUUGCCGAAUCCUGACUGGGAGCCUCCCAGUCAGGAAUCCCGCGAUUCCUGCAGUCAGGAACGUUUUUGACUGGGCGGCCUCAAAAUCGACAUCCCAGUCACCUGAGACGAAGAAACGGGGAGAAAAAACGAAGAGAGCGAGAGAAACGCGCGCUAUUUCGUGCUCUCUCUGCCUCCCUGCGCCCUCUCUUCGUUUCCCGCUCUUUCGCUCUCUCUCUCCUUUUUUUGCGCUCUCUCGCUCUUUCUUUCGUAAAAGAGAGAGAGAGCGCGAAACGGAAAGAGGGCGCUGAGAGGCAGAGAUAGCACGAAAUAGCGCGCGUUUCUCUCGUUCUCUUCGUUUUUGCUCCCUAUUUCUUCGUCCUAGUCAACAGUUAUUGACCCCUCACCCAGUCAAGAAUCGCGGGAUUCCUGAAUGGACCACAGUCAGGAAGUUUUGACUGUACGAAGAGUCAGGAACCCCGCGAAUCCUGACUGGAGCCUCCCAGUCAGGAACCCCGCGAAUCCUGACUGGAGCCUCCCAGUCAGGAUUCGGCAAAAUUUUUCAAAAGUUCGGCGCGAAUUACUAACGCAAAUAAAAAAAUUUUUUUGCGCCCAGGGGUCAACUGUUCCCCGGGAGUAAACUCUGGAUUUACUCGCCGGCACCUUCGGCGAGUAAAUUCUGAGUUUACUCCAAAAAAAGGCGAAAAAAAAAGUAAACUCGGAAUUCACUCCAAAAAUGGAAAUUUUGAAAGCUAUUUCGAUUCCUACUCGCCGACCCAUAAAAUUUCUCGAUUUUUACUCUCUUUUUCAAAAAAAAGUGAAUUCGAAAAAUUUUCAAAAUUUUCCUCCGAAAUCUUCUGUCUUCACUCUUAUAUCGAUGAAAAAAUUGAAAAAAAAAUUAAUUUCAAUAUCGCAAACAAGACAAAAGUCGUUUUAAAGGUUCUUCCUUAUAUUUUCCAACAAAAAAUCCCAUUUUUAUCUGAUUCAGGCCCAAAAAUCUAACAAACCUGAUUUUUCGAACAUUUUGAUAUUACCCAUGCAAAAACUUAUGCCAAAAAAAUUUUUUCUGACUCCACCACUCUUUCUAAGCCCACAUCAGUUAAUAUUUAGCCAAUCUCUAUCAAUUCCAUCCAAAAAUUUUACAAAAAUAAAAACUUUUUAUAUUAUCCAUGCCUAUCUGCUAUAAAUAUAAAAUAAUUUCUCACAAAUAUCACCAAUUUGGUUUCCUGUUAUGUUUUUCUCUCCACAUAUUUAUUUUCCAGCCAUAAAGGCUUCAAUUUCUUCUACCGUACGUGGUACCUGGUUCAUGCAUUCAUUGCCGGCGGCCAAAAUGAUGACGUCAUCUUCGAUGCGAACACCGCCGAAUCCUCGGUAUUCAUUCAGUUUGUCCACGUUGAAGUAAUGUUUGAUGUCCGGGUUCUGGAGUGCUCGAUCGAGCAGCUGAAAGUGUAA